AUGUCUCUACGUCGACUGUUGUCUUCCACGCGCAAGACGUACCCCAAGGCCAAUGCGGGUACUAUCAGACGCAUUCAUGCAAUCCCUUCUCAGCGGUCGAUGGCUACGCAUGGCGAUCAGAAAUGCGAGUGGCUUGUAAUUCUGCCAGACCAGGAGGGUGCAUCUCAACGUAGGGUAGAGCUGAGGCCUCAACAUCUCUCCAAUUUGUCAAAGUACCCGACAGACUUUUGGCUCUUCGGCGGACCGUUCCUCCAAGAGCCACCGAAGAAAAACGAGCCAAUGAAGAUGCUCGGCUCCGUCUUAGUGGCGCUGGGAUCUUCCAAGGAAGAGGUGCUCAAGGAGCUGAAGAAGGAUAUCUACACCGAGAAUCGAAUUUGGGACUGGGAUAAGGUUCAAAUCUUCCCGUUUAAGAGUACUUUGAGGAAAGCUUUAUAG